AUGUAUAGAGGUUUUAAAACGGAAUGUCCAGAGGGCGUUGUGCACGAAGAUUCAUUUAAAGACAUUUACGCGAAGUUUUUUCCACAUGGGAACUCAGCGCUGUACGCACAUUAUGUUUUCAAGGCGUUCGACGUGAACUGUAGCGGCGCAAUAAGUUUUCGGGAGCUCCUCGUAACGCUAUCCACCCUACUUCGUGGUUCUGUGUACGAACGGCUGCGCUGGGCAUUCCGGUUGUACGACGUGGAUGGUGAUGGAGCGAUAACCCGGCAAGAGCUGGGUGAGGUGGUGGUGGCUGUUCAUGAACUGUUGGGGCGGCGGGCACCACCCGGAUCACCAGCGUCAAGGAUCGAUGACGCUAAAGCAAAUGAACAGGUCGACCGAGUGUUCAGGAAACUCGACUUGAAUCAGGACGGGACCGAUGUACCGGCGCGUGAGACUAGUCUCAUCACAGAUAUGCCACGGCACUGCCAGUGCCACCACGGGCUUCUACACAACAUGGCGGCCGCGUACCGUCUCCGCGCCACCCAGUACGCCCCGUACUUGGACACGCUCGAGCGUUUCUACUUCCGCGUCCUACGUCCCAACAUCAGCUCCUUGCUCAUCCUCCACUUCUAA